AUGUCUUCUGCAAAGAGAGGCCUGCUCACGCCCAACAGAGGCACACCGUUCAGUUGUUCGAAUCUACAGUUCAACAGGAAGGCCAUUUCGCCGAGCGAUAAAGACGAGCGCACGUCCAGGAGCAGAGAGUGGCCCGGCAGAAUGUGUGACUGUUGUGAGGCUUACGACCACAAGUGCUCUGAACUCUGGACAGUGCGGAGCCCAUGCGAAGUCGACAUGGACUCCCAGAAGUGCACAGGCGAUUCAGUUGGUGGAUUUUCUUUCUCAGGCCACGACAAGGGCCUCCUGCCACCUCCGGAGGCAGAAUGUCAGCUGGUCCAACGUAAAACGCCACACCCCGGUCUUCGUCUGCCUUUAGCCCUGAAACGAUCUUUCAGAACGGUAUCUUUCACCAGCGUUUCCGACUGCCGAUCUCCUCGAUCUUUCGAUAAACCGAUCUAUACGUUUGAGGAGCUUGUCGAUAUCCAUACGCCAUGUGUUCGAUACGGAUAUUACUGGAAGGUGUUCAUGACCCUCCUCGAGACGGAUGAGGUGCUGCUCAUUAACCCCUCACACUCUUUCGACGCUCAUUCACUCGGCGCUGGCGUGUCCAGCGUCAUGUUCGAGAGCGCCCAGCUGGUUUGGCUGUGCCCUGGAGUUGGUCUGAAACGACUUUGCCAAAGGCUCUCGGGCACCACGCGGAUGAUACUUGACCUGGCGGGAACGGAUUCGCCCUCGGAGGAGCGAGAGUCCUCGCAAUUCUUGGCACUCCUAUGCCUUCCGGGAUGUCUGACAACGGUACCCUGGCGCCCGCAUCCAGUAUCAGACCCUUAUUCUAGAAUCCCAAUGUUUGGUGAAAGUUUGCCCCGGGCGCGGUCCGACGUGCCAAAAAUUGGGCGUUGGCCAAGGCGGGUCGAAUCCAAUCUUCGCUUUCUGCGGGAACGGCGGGUAAGCCAUAGCUAUUUGUCUAAGAGGUUCAUGGAGACUGCUAAUCGCUGUUGCAGUUGCCUCCCCCGAUCACAAUUCCCACUCGUAUUGUAA